AGCAUGGGCUCGCCGGCGGCGCGUCAGUUGAAGCAGCUCAAGCCGCUGUACCAGCACGUGGUGAACAACUUCGUGGCCGUGCUCGCGGCGCCGCUGGCCGUGGCGGCCGCCGUCAGCGCGGCGCGCGCCGGGCCCGGGGCGCUGCUCGCCGGGCUGCAGGCGCUCCGGGCGGCGCACGUGCUCCUCGCCGCGCUCGUCCCCGCCGCCGCCGCGGCGCUGUACCUCAUGCUGCGGCCGCGGCCGGUGUACCUGGUCGACUACGCCUGCUUCCGCACGCGGCCCAACUGCCGCGUCCCCUUCGCCACCUUCCUGGAGCACGCCAAGCUGGUGACCUUCGUGGAGGGCGCCUCCAUCGACGAGCGCAGCGUCCGGUUCAUGACGCGCCUGCUGGAGCGCUCGGGGCUCGGGGAGGAGACCUGCCUGCCCCCCGCCCACCACUACAUCCCACCGUACCGGAACAUGGAGGCCUCGCGCGCGGAGGUGGAGCUGGUGAUCUUCUCGGCCAUCGACGACCUGCUCGCCAAGACGGGCAUCAGCCCCGGCGCCAUCGACAUCCUGGUGGUGAACUGCAGCCUGUUCGCGCCCGUCCCGUCCUUCACGGACAUGAUCAUCCGCAGGUACGGGAUGCGGGAGGACGUCCGGAACGUGCACCUCUCCGGGAUGGGGUGUAGCGCGGGGCUCAUCUCCGUGGGGCUGGCGCGCAACUUCCUGCAGGUGGCGCCCCGGGGCGCGCACGCGCUCGUCGUGUCCACGGAAACCAUCACGCCCAACUACUACGUAGGCAAGGAGCGCGCCAUGCUCCUGCCCAACUGCCUCUUCCGCAUGGGCGGCGCCGCCGUGCUGCUGUCGACAUCGCGCGCCAGGGCCCGGUUCCGGCUCGCCCGCGUGGUGCGCACGCUGACGGGCGCCGGGGACAGCGCCUACCGGUGCGUGUUCCAGGAGGAGGACGGCGAGGGCCACCGCGGGAUCAACCUAUCCAAGGACCUGAUGACCAUCGCGGGGGACGCGCUCAAGGCCAACAUCACCGCCAUCGGCCCCCUGGUGCUGCCGGCGUCGGAGCAGCUGCUGUUCGCGGUGUCCUUCAUCGCGCGGCGCGUGCUCAACAACCGGCGCGUGAAGCCGUACCUCCCGGACUUCCGCACGGCGUUCGAGCACUUCUGCAUCCACGCGGGGGGCCGCGCGGUGAUCGACGAGCUGCAGCGCAGCCUGGGCCUGUCGGACCAGGACGUGGAGGCGUCGCGGAUGGCGCUGCACCGGUUCGGCAACACGUCCAGCAGCUCCGUGUGGUACGAGCUGGCCUACAUCGAGGCCAAGGGCCGGAUGAGGAAGGGCGACCGCGUGUGGAUGAUCGGCUUCGGGUCCGGGUUCAAGUGCAACAGCGCGGCGUGGGAGUGCAUCGCGCCCGCGCGCUCCGCCGAGGGGCCGUGGGAGGACAGCAUCUGCCGCUACCCCGUCGACAUCCCGGAGGUGCUCAAGCACUAGCCGCCAGCCGCCGGCCGGCCGCCGACGCCGCCUGAUUUGCAGCCGGUCUCUCGUCCUCUCCCUCCCCUACCAGUCGUCGUGUACACGUAGGCGCCGUCACGUCCCGUUCCCGACUCCACACCUCCGUCUCGCUCGCGCGUCGGCGGCGCGCGCGUGUCUCGGUCUCGCCCGCUCUUACAACUGGCAGACCGGCCGCGCGCGUGCCCGUGACAGGAAGGAGGGUCUCCGACGUGACAGCGUGUUGUGGUAGUGGCCGGGCGGCCAGGCCGGGCGCGUUGAAUGCCAAGCCUGGCGCGGCCAUGUGUGCGCUCCGGCCGGGGCUGGUGGUUGCGCGCGGGUACGCUGGGGUUAACCCCCCGGCCAUUUACACACGUACAGUGCUCGUGGUCCUCUAGAUCAUAUCGAUCCCUGCUGUCCCCUUUCUUUCUUUCUUUCUUUCUUUCUUUUUCUUUUGGCUUCACUCCAUUUGUUUGGGUCACUACUAAUAAUUUUACGUUGUCUGUAUUCAAAAACAAGUCAAGAAAUGUACUGCGCAAGA